CUACCUCCAACCUCCCCCACCGCCCCCAGGAAGAGCUAGGACACUGGAGCUGCUAAUGAGCAACUGACACCCUGACCUGGAUUGGCGGGGAGCUAGGUGGAACCUGGCGCCUUGGGAGGCCGAUCUCUCACUCAUCAUAGGAACCCCUUUGCUAGCCAUAAAGGGGGUGAGCCGGUUGGGUGGAGGCUGCUUCUAAGCUGGUGUUUGGAGCCCGAUGCCAACUCCAGCAGACCUUAAGGCAAUUCACCAGCUUGGAUCUUUCUCCGUUGCCAGGAUGGGUUGGCAUUCCUUGCUGCCAGCUGUGCCCGCUGGAUAGGUGCCGUUUCUCUCGUGCCGCGUCUUCAGGAUCACUGCUGCUGCUUGUGCCUUGGGCAACUUUGCUGCUUUUGGGAUUGGCACUUCUAGAUCCGCUUGCUGCGGUGCCUUGGGUGCCAAAGUUGGCAUUGCUCAAUCCUUUCCUCCAUCUUCAUGGUAACUUUGGACUGGGGCCUCGUUCUGCCAGUUGCACCCCAACAUGCGCCCUGGAUCGGUACCGCUAACGGCUUCGCUUCGAUCAGUGCCGCCUGCUGUCAACUGAUCCUACCACCUUGGAUUGGUGGCCGCCGGAGGACCUUACUCUUCGCCUGGACAUUACGGUUUACUUCUCCCCAGGAUGGUAGCAAAGGGCACAUUCAGGUUCCGGCCUCACCUUGGCAUGAGACUUUGGUGCAGAAAUGAGAGCUGAGACGGAGGCUUUGGCACACCACCCAAGCCAGACUUGGCAUUCCACCCCGAGGGAAUACUCAUAAGGAGAUCCUUAUGGAGCUGCAGAGACAUUCCAAGUCUAUAGGAGAUCCCCAUCGACCACCAGAAGCCUUGGAACACCCCUAUAUGCAAGAGCCCACGGGCGAUGUGGGGCAGCCCAUCAAGCUGGAGAUGGGGGACGAGGGAGGGGAUGUCCAGACUUCGCCUCCGAAACUCUCUCGUCCACCAGUGCCUUCUCCCGGGGGAGCCCUUCUUCAGGGUUUGAAUGGGCUUCCGGGAGCAGGCAGGCGGCCACACGGUCCUGGGCCCCCCGCUGGCACGGAACAAGGAGAACCCUCUCGACUGGGCCGCUACUUGUUGAUUGACAGUCAGGGGCUGCCGUACACGGUGCUGGUGGAAGAAGGGGUGGGGACGGCGGGGGGCACCGAAGGGGACGGGAGCGGGGGGCCCUUGCGCAAAGUGUACAGCUGUCCCGUGUGCUCGCGGACAUUCGAGUACCUGUCUUACCUGCAGCGCCACAGCAUCACCCACUCGGAGAGCAAGCCCCACGUCUGCCGAGCGUGCGGCAAGGCCUUCAAGCGCACGUCCCACCUGGAGCGCCACAAGUACACCCACUCGGGCCGGAAGCCACACCAGUGCCCCAUCUGCCAGCGCAGCUUCCGCGACUCUGGGGAGCUCUCGCAUCACCAGCGGGUGCACACGGGCGAGCGGCCUUACCAGUGCGAGGCCUGCCACAUGCGCUUCGGCGAGCGCAACACCCUCCAGAGGCACAUCCGCCGGAAGCACCGGCUGCAGCUCCUCCCUACCCCAUAGAGUAGACUGGACUUAACUUGGGCCACGGAGAAUUGGCACAACGACGACGAGCUAGGCUGUAGCAAUCUGCCAUCCAGGCCCUGCUAGCAUCCACGCAUGCUGUGGUGAUCCUAGCCUGCAAAUAUCUGCCCACGUAUUAUGGACCUGGUAUUUCCCACACCUGUCAGUCCAAUGACUAGCUGUUCCAUUGGGUGGAAAACGGGAAGGGUCAGAGUGCUAAGCCCUAGCAUGGACACCUCUUGCCCAAACAUGCUGGCCUGUUACCUUUUAUAGAAGCUCUAGCCUGUCAUGCCUGUCCCCAUAACCUGGCAGGGAGGUCAUUUCCCUCCUGUUACCAUGUGCCCUGUAGGCCUCAGGCAUCUAGCCUCAAAACACUGGCCUGAUGUUGCCCAUCUCGGCAACACAGAGCAUAGCCUCCCAGCAUCUAGCUCUUCCACAAUGUCCCAGGGAUGAGUCCUUGUCUCAUGCCGUGGCUACCUGGCAGGGAGAAUCCAGCACGGCCCAGACACUGUCACCCCAGGACAUGGUAUCAUGCCAGCUGGCAAUGCAUGCCUGUUAAUAACCCUCCUGCUCAUUUGAAGAUUUGGCCUUGAAGCCUACCAAGUGCUAACCUAGAAAGAGACGUCCAUUCCAUGUACACAGUGACCGCCCCCCCACCCCCAAACACAGUGUGGAGACCUUGGCCUGACAGAAAACCAGGGCAGAUCUCUUUCGCAGAUAUUGCAAAUGUAGGCUCAGGAGUAGAGAUUAGAUGGGGCAGCUGUGAUGAUAGCUCUCCUCUUAAAUUGAAUGUAGCAAGGGGUUCAAACUGAAUUAGACUGCUUUGAGUCUCCUGCUACAGUCUCUUUGGGUAGAGCUGGGUGCCAGCCUGCGGUAAGUUCCAGCUUUAAAUCCUGAGAUCCUAUCUCAACAACAUCUGUGCCCCUCUGCCCCCAUCGCCUCCACUGCCCACCCCUACCAUAAUAAUGUGAAAGAGCCUUUUGAAAGAGAUGUGGUAGGAAGCUAGAAAAGGUUGGGUGAAACAGCUAAAUCCCAUGGAGCAGGGAGGAAAAAGUACCCACACUCUCUUUAAGGCAGAGCUGAAAGCCCCCUUUGCCACUGCUUUUAGAAGGCUGCAGGAGACUGAUUUGGCUGAAAUUUGGAGGAGCCAAGGGCUGGGGUUUGUGGGUAUAAUUAAAUCUGCCCCCCCC